AUGGGUCCCUCAGCAUCUCGCCUGAUGGCCCAGGAGGAGGAUGACGCUCCCUCGCCGAAUGACGAGGAGUCGUCAGGUGCUGAGUCUGAUGAGUAUCAGUCCGCCCCCUCGCAGAGCGAAGACGCACCCGCUAGAUUGGAGCCACAGGAGGAGCAGACCGUCCCCUCGGAGAGCGAAGGGGCUUCAUUUGCAUCCAAGAUCAAUGAAGGGAACGCACCUGGCGCGCCGAGCGAUGACAGCUCUUCCAUUGCUUCCGAAGACAAAUUCACUAUUCCCCCGUUCGAGGAAGGACAGGAAUCCUCGAGCCGUACCAUAGACGAUCUAAACCUCAGGAUUCCCCUCUGCGUGUAUGGUCUCCUCCGACAGAUCUUUUCCCCCGAGGAGGGCUACCAACACACACACACCACCCGGCACUCGGAGGAGAUCGACUUUCAAGUGCUGCAUGUGGGCCACCCUACCACAGGAGAGUUCUUUUGCCUAUUGUCUGGACCCACGCCCCCGUGGGCCCCGUUCUGGUAUGCGUAUUCCGUCUGGCUCGUUAUGGAGCUGGAUAUAAUGGAACGCGUCACAUCCCCGGAACCCCCGAUUACUGGGAUGAUCUGGCGCGAGGGGAGAUUUGGACUCUACGAACGCCGUCGGGUGGACGGAAGCAUCGUCACGGCUCCAGGGACCUUCGUACAUGACCGAAGGCACUCUUUUGAUGCCGUCGAGGAUUGGUUCUUCCUCGUGGACUUUCUCCUGCGCUUCAAGGGCGAGGUCAACUAUCGUAACAUCCCGACAAUACCUGACGAGGCACAGAGCUAG